UGUCUCCCGGAGCGUAUUCCGGUUGCUGCGGCGGAGGGUUGUUGUCUGAGGCUCAGGGAAGAUGUCGGGGGUCCCGGCUGUCCAGAUCAGUAUCGAGUCUACCUGCGAGAAGCAGAUACAGGAGGUGGGCCUAGAUGGCUCGGAGACGUAUGUGCAGCCGCUGUCUAUGUCUCAGAACCUGGCUCGCCUGGCACAGCGGAUAGACUUCAGCCAGGACUCGGACGAGGAGGAAGGGGGAGAUGCCUCGCGGGAGCAAGAGUGGGGGGAACAGGAGGAAGAGGAGGGAUUAGUAAAAUUCCAGCCCUCGCUAUGGCCGUGGGACUCUGUAAGAAAUCAUUUGAGAGGCUCCCUUACUGAAAUGUGUGUGUUACAUGAUGUCUUAACCAUCGUCAAGGAGAAGAGAUACAUGCAUCUAGAUCCUGUUUCACAAGAAGCACCAACGGCCAAGCAGACGCCGCAUGGUUUGCUCUUGGUGUCCAAGAAGAAAUCCUUGGCCGGCGCCGCUCAGAUCCUCCUGAAAGGGGCAGAUAGGCUGUCCAAGUCUGUGGCAGAGAAUCAGGAGAACAAGAGACAGAGAGACUUCAACUCCGAGCUGUUACGGUUAAGACAGCACUGGAAGCUGAGGAAGCUCGGAGAUAAAAUCCUCGGGGAUUUAAGCUACCGGAGUGCCGGGUCGCUCUUUCCUCAUCAUGGUACAUUUGAAGUUAUAAAGAACACAGACAUAGACCUGGACAAAAAGAUACCCGAGGAUUACUGCCCACUUGAUGUUCAUAUCCCGAGUGAUUUGGAAGGAUCUGCCUACCUGAAGGUAUCGAUCCAGAAGCAGUCGCCAGACAUCGGUGACCUUGGAACAGUUAAUCUUUUCAAACGCCCCCUACCCAAAGCAAAACCAGGAACCCCGCACUGGCAGACCAGACUGGAGGCUGCGCAGAACGUCCUGCUGUGUAAAGAAAUAUUUGCUCAGUUGUCUCGAGAAGCUGUUCAGAUCAAAUCUCAAAUCCCUCACAUUGUCGUUAAGAACCAAAUUAUCUCUCAGCCCUUUCCAGGAUUACAACUGUCCAUCUCCUUUUGUCACUCCACGAACGACAAGAAAUCCCAAAAAUCAUCUUCUGACAAGACCAGUGCAGAAGACCACCUUUAUGUUCUAGAACACAACUUACACCAGCUGAUCAGAGAGUUCCACAAGCAGACCUUGAGCAACAUAGUGAUGCCCCAUCCCGCCAGCGCUCCUUUCGGGCACAAGAGAAUGCGCAUGGCUGGUCCUCAAGCCUUCGACAAGAACGAGAUCAGCGGCACGCAGCAGAACGAGGGCCUGCUAGAAAAAAUUAUUAAGCAAGCAAAGCACAUCUUCCUCAGACGGAGAACCGCGCGCACCAUUGACAGCCUCGCCAGCAGAAUCGAAGAUCCACAAAUCCAAGCCCAUUGGUCGAGCAUCAACGAUGUGUACGAGUCUAGCGUGAAAGUCUUAAUAACAUCUCAAGGUUAUGAGCAAAUCUGCAAAUCUAUACAGCUACAACUCAAUAUUGGUGUUGAUCAAAUCCGGGUGGUUCACCGAGAUGGGCGAGUGAUCACACUGUCUCACCAAGAACAAGAGCUUCAGGAUUUCCUCCUGUCACAGAUGUCUCAGCACCAGGUCCUGGCUGUUCAGCAGUUGGCUAAAGUCAUGGGUUGGCACGUCCUAAGCUUCAGUAAUCACGUUGGCCUUGGCCCAGUUGAGAGCAUUGGGAAUGCAUCGUCGAUAACCGUGACGUCUCCAAAUGGGGAUUACACCGUAUCAGUGCGCAACGGCCCGGAGACCGGCAGUAAGGUCAUGGUGCAGUUUCCCAGGUUUCAGUGCAAAGAGCUCCCCAAGAGCGACGUCCUACAAGACAACAAAUGGCAGAACCUACGCGGACCCUUCAAAGAAGUCCAGUGGAACAAAAUGGAAGGCAGGAAUUUUGUGUACAAAAUGGAGUUACUAAUGGCAGCGCUGACGCCUUGCUAGGCCAAAUUACGAAGUGUACGUAAAAAAAACAAAAAACAAAACUGAAUAUUUUUAGGUAUUCCACCGGCACAGAGAAGGCAGCUGCACGUGUAUUAUUAUUAUUAUUAUUCCAUUGAAAUAAAUAUGGAUGUUUUUCUA